UUCGCGCACCAUAGAAACCGCGGUCACAGAUUUUUAGAAAUUAUGGCAACAGUGAUGCUCACUUGACGAGAAUGCAUCCGCGCAAAGUAACAAGCAGUACUGGAAAUGUUUUCGGAAUUAGUGCAAGGAAGCUGUAGCUGGGAUGGAUCGCUUGAAGUCGAAAAAGGCUUGUGCUCUUAUCCAUCGGUGAAAAGAGCAGUCAGCUCAGGAAGGAUUCGUCAGGUCAGAUCUGUCAGCUCAUCAUCAACAUUUACAAGACCAAGGAAUGCUUCAUUAUCCACUACCUUUUCACAAUCAGAGUCUAGGCUCAGUGAGCUGGUGCUUCCAAAAACAUAUGUCACAAAAACUGGCCUGUUACUUCUUUUUGCUGUGAUUGAUGAUGAAUUGUUUGCUCUUGUUGAUUCUUCAAAUAAAGGAAAGAAGUGUCCUUCAAGAAAAGGAAUAUUUGGUGACAAUGCAGAGCUUCUUUCAGAAUUUAAAUCUCUAGAGCAAUUUGUUUUGUCUGUGCUUGAGUAUCAACAUCGGAAGGAAAAGAACUUGUAUGCAUCAGCCAAUAAAAGGCUGUUCCGGUUUGGAUAUCAGGCAAAGUAUCAUUACAAAUCAUUUGGUUAUAAACAACGUGUGGAAGAUGUUGCCAAGAGAUGGGAUAAAGAGAAAACUCAGGCGAAGACCACUGUGCCAAAAGAAGAUGAAACUGACCAAUCUGUUAUGCAAGCAUCAAUGGUACCAAGUGUGAUUGGAACUGCUGGAGGCAGAUCAUCAGCAGAUGACAAUAGAACUCAUUCAGAAGAAAAGGAACCAAAGUGUGCCGGAAAAGAAGACUUUGAGCGCCUAGCUUUGCCUGCAAAUGACGUCAUGCGUGUGAGAGGAAAGCUACGCUCGCCAAGGCUAGAAAGAAAGAUUACAACCAGGCAUGACAGCGAGGAGACGCCAACGAAAGAGUAUUUCAUGAUUAGCAGCAAGUUUGAUGGCGGCAAAAAUGAGCAGGAUUGUUUAGACAAUUCACCUAGAGGAGCCCACAGUGCUAUGACAACUGUACCGCAUCUGAAACACUUUAAAAGAGAGUUUCUUUACAGUAUCCGCGGCUACUCCAACAACAGCAACGACAACAACGACAACAACGACAACAACAAUAAUCAAGCGAUACCAUCUUCUGUAAAGCGUUUGAUACAAAACUUUAAUGAAAACCAACUUAAGGCUUUUUCUAACUAUGAAAGUGCUGCUUAUUACAAAGAUGAGAGAUGGGAAGUAACAAGCCCACCAGGCAAUGGAACCAGUAAUAUUCUUCCGUUUAUGUUCGAUCAGGAAUCCAGCGCUAUUAGGGGCCAUUCGGCAUUGCCUCGAUCCCGUCAGAGCAGCGCAUUUUCGAGAACGGAUUACGUCAGAUCGCCUCGUGUCGGUGAUUUAAAGAAUGCAAAGUUACACCCGACAAGUCCAAAGCAAGUUAGAGAAACGCGAGUCCUUGGAGUCACACCAUCGGCAAUAUCUCUGACCUCUGAGGAAUUCGCACGACUGAUUGAGGUCAAAUCAGCAGACAAAUUUAGCCUAAACUUGCCUGUCAACUAUGGGAUGGAUGAUUUUCAAUUCUUAAACUCUAAAACCAUGGCAGGUGAUAAGGUUGAGGCUGAGAAGACAACGAUGCAAAAUGUGGAUAAUCAGACGCCUGAAACAUCGCUUCAUGCCGAUGGUAUGAAAGAACGGUCUUCACAAACAGAGGCCGGGCAAACCACAGAUCUAGAUUCGGAUUCAAAUGAAAGUGUUUCAGAAAAGAGGCUUGCUGGCAGUUUCAUUGGUUCUCUUGGCUCCUUCAUUGAGGAAGACAAUGAUGACGACAGAAUUCUUUUCAGCUACAUCAGCCCAAGUUUACGCAAAGGAUCAUGGAACCCAAUGAUCUCAUUUUCGUUGGAAGGGUCUAGUGAUUUGCUGAUGGAAGGGUCAUUUUCAGGAACAGAGCAGUCAGAAGUAAAGACACCAGAGUAUGAGAUGGAGAGAGAUUUAUCAGCUGAAAGUAAAAGCACAGGCGAUGUAACUAAGAGAAAGGGACUUGGUAACUUGGAUGGUUCUUCAGCAGUCAUAAAUAGUAAUCUUGUCGGAGGAGAUAUUCACCACUCUGGCCUAACUAACAGUGUAGGCGCUAGUUCUUCUAGAAAAAAUGCAUCUGCUUCGCCCGAAGAAAUUUUGCCAAAUCAAUUUUUGAGUUCAUUAGACAGUUCCAAAAACAUUUGUGAUCUGAGCGAAAUGUCAAAUGUAAGAUCGUCGUCAGGAAAGCCUUUGAGUUGCGAUAGUGAGCCGAAUAAUCAUACCAACAAAAAAGAUACUUACAUAGAAAAUUCUUACAAUGCUCAGAGUGCAGGAAAAUCUGAGCAGAAAUUUUCGAGUUCAUCGGCUGGGAUGGAGAAUCUACUUCCAUUUCAUAAUGAAGCUAUGUCACCACAAGGAAACAAGUCGUCUACUUUGGUUGGCGAGACAGAGAAGCAGAAUUAUUCUGAAAUUCUGAUGGCAGUAAAGGAAGAUGUUUGUACAAAUGGAGAUGGUAAUCAGAUAGGAAAAUCUACACAUAAUGCAGUAGAUGCCCAACGACAGGGAAUUCAUCGUAGGCAGUCAUCGUUUAUUUCAAAUAGUGGAACGGUUGUUUCUGUAAGGGACAGUAUCCCCGAUCUAAAGCAGAUCAAUGAUAACGACCCAUUUACCCAUAGAGUUCUAUCAACUUAUUCUGGCAGUAGCUUUGAGUCGCUAACACAAGAGAAUUCGUUACCAUCAGUUUGGAUAUGUCAGUCUGCAAAAGAAGGGCUAAACAAAGAAAGUAAAGAUCUGAUUGAUAGUCAAACAGAAAGCGAAGAUAACGAAAGCAAAACUGUAAUUGGCAACCUGACCAAGACCGACCCCCUUGCACUUGCGGAUAGUGCUUUGCCAGAAGAUGUGGUCGAUAAAAGCUUUAAAAAGAAACCAAACUCGCAGAAAUUGACUGAUCCGAUUAGCAAAGAGCUAACAAAAACUCAAGGUUUUGCAUUCGUAGAAAAUAGCGUUUUCGGUGCAAGGCAGAUGGUGAAGAGCAGUUUAGCUGACAAAAGCGAGAUUGAUUUUCACAGUCCUUUCAACAAGAAAGUGUUGAAGGAUAAUACCAAUGUAAAGGAGAUUGCCAGCUUAGAACCGACGUACGAAGAGGGAUUAAUCGGAAAACAGCGAUCUUUGCAAUGCAGUGCAAAGGACACUGCUGAUAGCAAAGAGAGUCUUCAGAAAGUUGAUAAAAGCGUUGUUGACCUGAAUGUCAUGAAAAAGCAGAAUCCUCAUGAAGUAAAGGAGAUGCAACCCUCACAGAAACCAGCAAAAGAGAGAAAAGAUGAAGGCUAUAAGAGGGAAUCAAAGCCUGAAAGGCAAACAACUGAAAAACGAGAUAAACAAACUGUCGAACUUAAAAUUGAUCUCAAGGUAACAGGGGACAGUAGUCCAGAAAACGGGACCAUCGAUUUGGAUACGGCGGCGGUGAAACCUGCAAAUAAUGUCAACAAGACGGAACUGCCUUCAAAGGAGACCUUGAGGCUAGAUGGUGUUAGUGAAGGUGAAAUCAAAAGGGAAAGCCAGAAUCUGGAAGAUUUGAAGUUGCUGCUGCAGCAAAACAAACCUCCCGAGGACACCACAAAACUUAAGAAAAAGUUAGGGGAAACGGCACCAUUGAAAAGGAAUGCUGGAAAAGCGAAGAAAAAGCGUGGCAUGGCAUCACGCCAAGGAAGUAUCUCCAAAAAGGGGACAGAUUCAAAGAACCUCUCUCCUGUAUUAGAUUUGCCCAAAAAGAUGGAAACAGUUGAAACGAUGAUAGGCCGACCCAAUCCAUCAGACAACCCAAUGAAACCAAGUCCAGACACCGAAUCCGAGGUCAUCAUUGAGAGGGAGAUUACUUUCGAGAACCAGUUAGAGCAGAAAGAAACUGCUGCCUCUAAAAAUGUUCGCAUUCAAAACGUCGAGGUUAAGAAGGUUUCGGAAGUUGACCCUGAAAAGAAAGGGGCUUAUCCACCGUCUAGAACAAAACGUGGCAAGAAGGCCUCCAAAAAAGCCACCGUGAUAAAGGAACAGCCCGAAGAUAAACUAAGGUAUGAGGAGCAAAUGAAACUGUUGCAUGAAAAGGAGGUUGAACAACAGAAGGCAAGAGAGGCUGCAGUAGCCAAACAGAAGCUUCUUGAAGAGGAAAGGGAGAGAUAUAGACAGGAAGAAGAACUGGCGAAGAUAAAGGAAGAAGAGGCAAGAAAGAAUCUCGCAGAGGCGAAAAUCAAGGCGAAAGAAGAGAGGGAAGCGAAGAGACUUGCGGACGCUGAGAAGAAACGACAACUGGUGGAGCAACGGCGAGAAGAGCGACGGCAAAAGGAGACUGAGAUAGCUGAAAAGGAAAAAGAGGCUGAACGACUGAAGCAUGAAAAGGAAAGAAGAGCAAUAGAAUUAAAGGAACAGCGGGAAAGACUGAAGGAGCAAGAACGAAUGGAGGAGGAACAGCUGCUUGAAAAAGAGCGAUGGGAAGAAAUGAAAAGGGAAGAAGAGGAGAGAAGACGGGAAGAGGAAAGGAUCAGAAAAGCACAGGAAGAGUUAGAACGUCUCAUUGAGGAGCGCGAGUAUCGAGAGCAAUUGCGACGAGUUGCAGAAGUACAAGAGGCGAAAAUGCGAGAAGUUGAAGAUCAAAGACGGUUACAAGAAGAGGAAGAGCAGAAAAGAAUAGCAGAUGAGCGGGAGCGACUGAAGCGCGCGGAAUAUCUGAAGCUUCAAGCUGAGCUCGAAAGGCAGAAGGAGGCUGAGAUAAUUGCCAAUGAACGGAGACAAAUGAUGCUUGUCAAGGCGGCUAAGAGGAAAGCUGAGUUGCUGAAGCGAAGGGAAGAAAAUCUGCAACGAAUGUUUGACCUGAAAUGCAAGCGUAGCUCGCAGGGCAUUUCAAGGUCAUUCACUUUCACUUAUUUUGUGCAUAUACCAAGAAGUGUGUGGGAGGUACCUAUUGGAUGGUCGAACAAAAAAAGUAAGAGUGGAGCGAGAGGGAAAAGUAGGCCCAUAUCAGUUUCUGCUAGCAUGAAGAGCACCAAGUGAUGCAUCAGAUUAAAGCUGUGAUUUAAUUAUGGCUACGACUGGUUGCAUGUACUCGAAAAUUCAGUCAUUCUCCAUUUCACGACAUCAGAAGGGGUGGUUUUGUAAAAUCAUCUUUGAAAUACUUUUUCUUUCAUUUGGCGAAGUAAAGCUCGUAAAGUUUCCCGUGUAGUUUUACAUAAAACUUGCUGAUUUCAACAGCCUUUUUUGCUUAAAUGCAAGAACAAACUUAUCGCCCAACGACCAACUUUGAAAAAUUCACAUCAACAAAACAAAUCGUUGUCCAUAUUUUUAGUUUUCUAGAUCACCCUUUCGCAAUAUCUGAAAAAUACAGUUAAAACAUAUUUCAUUGCAGUCACAGAACAGCAAAAUUUGAUAAUCAGUAUAGAAAUUGCUUGAUGCCGAUGGCAAAUGGCGAUGAAAAUGUGGAUACUUUUUUAACUGUGCCAAACUUCGAUGGUGAAUGAGCAAUAGUGAGCGACUGUAUAGUUGAACUUCGGUUUUCAGACUCCGCUCGAUAAUGUGAGUUGAAGACGAGGUGUUCAAAAGCUAAGAUUUUUAUUUGUGCAAUUUUUGAAAAUAACAGAAUGCUAUUCACCGGAGCAAAGAACUAUCUUUUAGUAGUGGUGUCAGGGUUAAAUGCACUAGCAGUCGUGGAUGAUUGCAUAUACCGCACCGAUUUGGACGGUUUUGGGAAACGGCUGCCAUCUUCAAGAUGAUUGAACUUUUAACAGGGGGGUCCAGUCAGAGUCAAAGAGAGCCAACGCUAAAAUUUUAAAAAGUUACCCUCAAAUGGUAGUAUUUUUUCACAAUAACCCUCAAAUGGUAGCAAAAGAACCGAAAUCUAUAAUCAAUUAAAGCUAAACAAAGCAGUUGAGUUAUUUAUCGAAACUAGACCAUUUGGUAAGACCCUCAAACCGACUGGACCCCCAUGUUAGGCCUUAACGAGAGUGUAUCCCCCCGGGGGGGGGGGGGGGGUGGAGUCGCUUGCGGUCCAUAGCUGUUUUUGCACCUGAAACAAUUCGAAAUGAAGUAUCGAUGAGAUUUUAACUUAAUUGUAAAUUUUUUGUAUAAAGUAUUUUUAGCCUCUAUUAGAAAUUAUUAUUAUUUAUUAGAGUGUUUCAAAUUGCUAUUUAUGAGAACGAUUACCUUUUUUUGUUUCUUUGCCAAUCUUCUGAUUUUCGUCAGCGGCCAAAAUGGCAUGAGAAAAUUUCAAGUUGGUUUGUUUUGGGGAUUUUGAAUAUUUCUAUUUAUUGCACAGGAACGAUCGUAACACAACAAUGACGAGAAUCUUUUUUAUGAGAAUACUAUAAGUUUUUCCAGCUUCGAUAUUGUUCAGAAUUUUUUUUGUUUUUUGAUCCUGAAUGUAUUUUUACAUAAGGAAUUAUACAGAAGGGCCUUCACAUUUUUUAGACAUUCCCGAUAAAAUAGAUGCGUAAAUGCUGAAAUGCUCGAUUCCUUAAAAAACUAGAUACUGAAAUGCUUGUCCGAGGACAUUCCAGUUGAAUACUGUUUAUUAUUUUUAGAUAUUUGUAUACCAAUUAGGGAAAUCAGUUUUUACACGUAGAUUUUCCUCUUCUGACACGAUUCAGAAUAUUGUAAAAUAACGUAUUUUACAGGACAGGUAAAGCUCAUAAAUCAGACU